UGGGUAGUGUCUCUAAGGGUUAUUUCUCAAUACUGUAGCCUGUCUUCUCUGUCAUUGACUGUAAAAUGAGCGCUUCUGUCACAACAGAUAUGGAAGUGAAGCUGAAAGCACUUGAGUGUCACUUUACAUGGGGAAUAGAAAAGGCUGACAUCAAGGACCGGGACAGCCUCCCUGAAAGACUUCUGGAUCGCAUCAUGAAGUUCAGCACUUCGAACCAUGCCACAUAUUUCAACUUACUAGCCUUUCUGAGCCACCUGAAGGAAAACAAUGUUAGUGCUCUUGAGUAUCUCCACAAGGCUGAGAGUGCAUUGAAGAAUAGACAGGAUGAUACAGAGUUACUGGUAACCUAUGCUAACUUUGCAUGGGUUCACUAUCACUCAGGGAACAUGAAUGAUGUGGAUGCCUACAUUGGAAAGCUGGAAAACAUCAAUAAGGGUUUUACGAUUGCUAUUCRAGGCAGUUUACCUUCAAUACAUGGUGAGAAGGCUUGGASUUUUCUAAGGCUUGGGGGGCUAUUUUACAAGGGGGCAAAGGAGAGCUUUCAGAAAGCUCUUAAGGGAGAACCAGACAAUGCAUCCUUCAACGUGGGCUAUGCCAUGGUCCUGUACAGGUUGGAGGGGUUAGCCAUGGAUGGAACAGAGAGGUUGGCGCAUACUGAAGGUGCUACUCAGCUAAGGAAAGCCUUAUCCUUAGAGCCCGAUAACACUGAAGUCAUGGUCCUGCUAGCCCUGCAGCUUCAACACCAAAGUAGACAUGAAUCCAUGAAACUCAUCAAAGAGGCCCUCAGACUGUCUCCUGACGUGCCUCACGUCAUACGUUACGUGGCUGAGUUUUUCAGUCACGAGAGCAUCAAUGAGACCCUGGAGGUUCUGAAGAAAGCUGUGAAACUGUCUCCAAACUCCUCCUUCAUGCAUUACCAAAUCGGCCGGUGUCACAAAAAUCUGUUCAACCAGAUGUCUGAGCAGAAGAGGAAAGGGAGAUGGGUCAAACAUGCGUGCAUGUUUCUUGUGUUAUUUUUUUAUUUUUUUAUUGCAACAACAACAAAAAAUGACUUAGAAUGUAUUGCUUUAGGAGUUUUUAUGUCUUUGGAUGUGUCUCCUUUCAGGUAGUUGAUUAGAUAUCUUCACCGACCGUUCAUCUGUUGUUGCUCUUGUAACUGGUAUUAACAUUGUGAAAGAGAUAAUAAAACAUAMUGCCAAAAACGUGA